AUGGCGUCGGAUGAGCAACAGCAGCAAGGCGUCCAGGCGUUGAUUAAUGCUGCUCUGCAGCAGCACGUCCAGCCUCAGGAUGAGAAGAGACGCAUCAAGAGAGUUGUUGACUUCACUGGCAAGUACAGUCCCGUCCAGAGACAGGGUGCCACGAUGGACAACUGGCGAAAGAAGUCAGACCGGGCCGUGUUGGCGGUCCAGGGGUUGCAGCCCCGCGACAAGUACUUUGCGUUGAUGCGUGCGUUGGAAGGCAACGCGAACGGCGUGUUCUUUCAAGAGCAAGCCCGUGUCCCCCUUCCAGGGAAUCCACCCGCUCAGGACAUCCAGGGUCUAGCGGCGAAUGACGCGUAUUUCGAUAACGUCGUCAAUCGUGUUCUCGAGAAGCUCACCGAGCAGUAUGGCAUCAGUGACUCGUUCGCUUUGGCUCAGGAGGCCAUUGUGAAGGAGCCGAGACAGUUGCUGGAGAAGCACCCGAAUGCUAGCAUGCAGGAGUUGGUGUCGAUCCUCAAGAAGAGCAUCGCAGCGGCUGAGCGCCUGAACCGAUACACACAGAGACAGAAGGCUGAUAUGAUCAUUGGCCUACUGCCGGAGGCCAUGUAG